UUACCUGACCUGCCGUCUCCGAGAGUAGCUCGGCACAAGGCGUUUUGAGGCGUCACUCAGUCACUCAGUGAUCUCUACACCUGGAUGGUAUAUGUAGACAGUGUGAUACAAUACUUCAUCUUCUCCUGGCAUUGUGGAUACCAAGGGUCAAGGUAUGUCCACUCCGGCUUCCCAGGGGUUCUACGGCCUGUUCUGAUUGGCUGUUUUUUAUGGCGUGCUUCAUGGGAAUAUUCUUAAUUUACUACAAACCCCAGAUCAAGUUCCUUUCAUGCCCUACUGACCAGGCAUCCCACGAGUGGAAGGCUGGUUGUUCUCCUUGCCCUCAAGUAAGUAUGGCAGGGAACCACACAGGGCAAAAAACACACCAUGCCCAGACAGUCAUUCAGGCUGAUGAUGACGGAGACACAGACACUAUCAUUUUGAUCUGGAUGUGGCCAUUUGGUCAGGCCUUUGACAUAGACUCUUGUGCCUACUUCAACAUCAAAGGCUGUCACCUAACCGUGGAUAAAAACCUUUACAGCAAGGCGCACGGUGUCAUCUUCCACCAUAGAGACAUCCAUGGAGACCUGAAGAACAUGCCUCAAGAACAACGUCCAUGGUUCCAGAAAUGGGUGUGGUGGAAUGCAGAAUCACCGGCUAACACAAACAGGAUCCCUGGUGUUGACCACUUGUUCAAUUUGACUGCGAGUUAUCGACUGGAUUCUGAUAUCAAGAUUCCAUAUGGGUCGCUUGUCGAGGUAACGAGUGAAGAUAAAAUCUUUGAGCUGCCCAAGAAGGACAAAUUAGUAUGCUGGGUAGUGAGCAACUGGAACCCAAACUACAAGAGGGUACAGGUGUUCAACGAGCUCAAUAGACAUGUCAAAGUAGAGGCCUAUGGGAGACAUUUUAGUAGAUACCUAGAAAAUGAAGACUACUCAAAGACGCUGUCGAGCUGUAAAUUCUACCUGGCGUUUGAAAACUCCAUCUACAAAGACUAUGCUACAGAGAAGCUGUUCAACGCUAUGAAGUUGGGAGCAGUGCCCGUUGUUCUAGGUCCAUCCAGGGACAACUACGAGCAAUUUAUCCCAAGGGACUCUUUCAUCCAUGUGGAUGACUUCUCCUCUACAGAGGAGCUGGCAAAGAAGCUUCUCUUUCUCGACCAGAAUAAUGAAGAAUACAUGAGGUACUUCAACUGGCGGGAGAACUUUAAAGUCCAGGGAUGGUGGUUUGGACUUGAGCACGCCUGUCGCUCAUGUGAUUACAUUCAAAGAAAUAAAGGAUACAAAACUUUUCAUAAUCUAAAUCAAUGGUUUUGGGGCUAAUUGACCCAUUUGUAGUGGUCAACAAUGUGGCUGCGUGAAGAGUAUUGUAUGCUGGACAAGCAUCCUAGAAAUCAGAGAGUGCACGUAGGGACAUGUCAAAAUGCUACAUUUUAGCACGAUAAGUCUUUAUUCGUAUAAAAAAAUCUGUUAUUGAAUUCUCCAUGUGGUUUACAUUAAAGGGCACUUCAUUUAAUAUAACAGGGUUUUACAAUCCAAUACUGGUGCACAAUUUCUACUUCAAAUAUUGAAGGGAUGGACAAGACACUCUUUCUUGAAACAAAACAACCCUUUAGAAUAUUAGGAGCCCUAGUAGCUGUUGAACAUGCAACAGCCACUUUUCCUGGGGUGCACACACACCAUACAAUACACGACAGAGAAAGGAGGGGGGAACGUGUAAUAUGACUUGUUACCUAAUAAUGUAAAAUGUUACCCACAUUAACAUCACGUAAUGUAAAAUGUUACCCACAUUAACAUCACGUAAUGUAAAAUGUUACCCACAUUAACAUCAUGUAAUGUAAAAUGUUAACCAUAUUAACAUCACGUAAUGUAAAAUGUUACCCACAUUAACAUCACGUAAUGUAAAAUGUUACCCACAUUAACAUCACGUAAUGUAAAAUGUUACCCACAUUAACAUCACGUAAUGUAAAAUGUUACCCACAUUACCAUCACGUAACGUAAAAUGUUACCCACAUUAACAUCACGUAAUGUAAAAUGUUACCCACAUUAACAUCACGUAAUGUAAAAUGUUACCCACAUUACCAUCACGUAACGUAAAAUGUUACCCACAUUAACAUCACGUAAUGUAAAAUGUUGCCCACAUUAACAUCAUGUAAUGUUUUUUUAAAUGUAACCUUCAUUUAACUAGGCAAGUCAGUUAACCUGUUGGGGCUAGGGGGCAGUAUUGAUAA